CGUCCAGAGUCCCGCGACAAACAUGCACGUCGCCAUACAAAACGUGCUGACGAAGAUCAGGCUUCUUCUUCGGAAUUUCUUCAGGAUCAAGAUACUGACGAACGACAUUACCAAUCGCACCAGCCCGAUCAUUAUAGAUGCCAAGUAUCCGUUGCCGGUACUGCCGGCAGCCUGAUCACGUUAUGGCCGCGGACACACUCGACGAGUCUAAACAUUCAUGCUUGGGGUUAAAUCAUCCCGGUCAAAAUUCAUAUCUUCGAUGGGCGGAUGCGCUGAAACAGAUUUUGGCCUGUUGCAUUGCCCAUUCUUUGGUGAUACAGGCGGGCGUAAACAUGUCGUUCAGCGCCAUCCUUUUGCCUCAGCUUAAAGAAUCCGACAGCGAUAUAAUUAUAGACGAGUCGGAAGCGUCGUGGAUAGCUAGCGUGGUAACUUUAGUGCUGCCGCUGGGUUCUUUGAUAAUAGGCCCUCUGAUGGACCGAUAUGGGCGUAAGAAAAUGUGCAUAUUAACCACUGUACCGUUUUGUCUGUCCUGGAUUCUCCACGCCUUGGCCACAAAUAUCUGGUAUAUCUACGUGGCCCGAAUCAUAGCUGGGUUCGGUGCGGGUCUUUCUACCGCGGCUCUGGUCUACGUCAGCGAGGUAUCGCACCCCACGUUUCGAUCGAUGCUGCUGUCGUUUAACAGCGUGUUCGUGACCUUGGGGAUCUUGUUGACGUUCAUUUUGGGUUGCUUUUUUCAAUGGAGGUCGAUGACUGUGAUUUUCUGCCUGAUCGUGGUCCUUUCGUUGAUCGGCCUGUGCUUCUUGCCAGAGAGCCCGUACUGGCUGGCCGUGUUUAAGAACGACAGGACAGAGUGCGCCAGGUCCCUCAGGUGGCUGUACCCUAACCAAAUCGCAUACGAGCAAGAACUCGUCCGCGUCGUGGACGUCAAAAAUCAAUUCGCGUCGGCCACGGAGAACAUCAAAGACAGCGUCGCGACGUACAUGCAACCGGCAGUGUGGAAACCGCUCGUCAUCCUCGCCGUCGUCUUCCUGUUUCAGCAGCUGUCGUGCGCUUACGUCGUCGUGUUUUACGCGCUCAACAUAUUCCGCCGUAUCGGCGGCAAUUUCAAAUACCGCAUCAACGAGUACGUCUCGCUCGUACUUUUAGGCACCAUUCGUUUCGUCAUGGCCGUCGUUUUGGCUUUCAUCUCGAAACGUAUUAAACGAAGGACCGUAAUGCUCGCUUCCACGGCGGGUAUGAUCGCGACCAGUCUCGCCAGCGCGAUCUACAUGUAUGCGACGCGCGCACGCGACGUUGCCGAUACCGACAGCAACGUCACGCUGUUUCUGGUGUUGGCUUACGUCAGUUUCAGUUCGUUCGGCGUUUUGGUCGUACCGUGGACGCUUAUAGGCGAACUGUUUCCGGUACACGUGCGCGGCAAAAUGGGCGGAGCGAUGGUGUCGCUCGUCUACCUGAUGAUGUUCGUCGCCGUCAAGGUGUUUCCGUUUUUCGUCGACCGUUACGGCCUGGAGGCGCUUUUUGCGACGUUGGCCGCGGUUAACAUGGCCGCGUUUUCGUUUUUGUACGUCUUCCUGCCGGAAACGUUGGGCAAGAGUUUUAAAGAUAUCGAGGAACAGUUCGAGAAGGUUUUGGCGUGUUGUGUCGCGCACACGCUGGUGAUCCAGGCCGGGAUUAAUAUGGCUUUCAGCGCCGUGCUGUUGCCUCAAUUGAAAGAAGAGGAAAGCGACAUAAUUGUAAACAAAUCGGAAGCAUCGUGGAUAGCCAGCAUCGUCACGAUAGCCCUGCCAUUAGGCUCGCUAAUUAUCGGACCGUUGAUGGACAAGUUCGGCAGGAAAAGAACGUGCACGCUCGUCGCUCUUCCGUAUUGCAUAGCCUGGAUACUGCAUGCGGCUGCGACGAACGUCUGGCUCAUAUAUGCCGGACGCAUCCUGGCGGGGUUCAGCGGAGGUCUCACCACCGUGGCGCUGGUGUACGUCAGCGAGGUCGCGCAUCCAAAAUUCAGGCCGAUGCUUUUGUCGCUGAACAGCGUUUUCGUAACACUCGGUAUCUUACUGACGUGCAUUUUAGGUUACGGUAUGGCGUGGCGCAACAUGGCGAAAGUAUUCUGUUUGAUAGUGGUCAUUUCCGCGGUAGGAACGUUGUUCAUCCCGGAAAGCCCCCAUUGGUUGGCCGUCUUCCGAAAAGAUAGCGAUUCUAUCGCCAGGUCGUUGAGGUGGCUAUAUCCCAAUAAGCUGGCGUUCGAACAACAGCUGAAAACGAUUCUGGAGGAAAAGAACCGAACGACCCUCGAAAUCGACGACGAAGUUACCGAAAAAUCGACCCUCCUCCAGAUCAAAGAAAACCUGGGCCUGUACAAGCAACCGGCGGUGUGGAAACCGAUCGCCCUGCUCAUUCUCAUCUUCGUUUUCCAACAAUUGUCAGGCGCUUACGUCAUCAUCUUCUACGCGGUCGACAUCUUCAGGGAAAUCGGCGGCAAUUUCAAGAACCGAAUUGACGAUUUCGCAGCGUUGGUCAUCCUGGGCACCAUCAGAUUCGUCAUGUCGUUGGUGUGCGCGGUCAUUUCGAAAAACUUUGGUCGAAGAGCCCUGAUGUUUUCGUCCGCCUCGGGGAUGAUCGUCACCAGCUUGUCCGCCGCCAUUUCCUUGUAUUUUCCCACCCGCGGCAAUUUAACGUUGUAUUUAACAUUGGGAUACGUCUGCUUCAGUUCGUUUGGGUAUCUGGUCAUCCCUUGGACCUUAAUCGGUGAAUUAUUGCCGCUCAAGGUCAGAGCGAAAGUGGGUGGCGCGAUGGUUUCGAUCGCUUACGUCCUGAUGUUCGCGGUGGUAAAAAUUUUCCCGUUUUUGUUGGACGCUGUCGCGCUGCAGCACUUGUUUUUCGUUUUGGCCGGUUUAAACGUUGUAGGACUCGUCUUCCUUUAUUUAUGUUUGCCCGAAACUCUCGGGAAAACCUUCGAGGAAAUCGCCGAGUGGUUCGAUUGAAAGCGGGAUAACUAAUAAUAACUUUGCUGUCCAUGUAAAUACAUGUUACGCAACAAUAAAUGUGUAAU